CAAAACCUCAUUCUUGAUUUAUCCAUUUCUAAACCAACAAAAACGCAACACACUUUGUUAAUGGUAAACUUAGCCUGUCUAAGAGCAAUUCCUACAGUCAAAUAAGAUACUUCUAUGCCUAGGAAGAAAUUAAGCUGAUGUGGACAUUAACAAAAGGCGCUGGAAGAGCUAGUCUCAACACACUUAAUUGAUAGGCACAAUGGCAACCAACCCUCUAACCUCAAAUCUAUCAGCUCCACAACCGUCUAGCAGCGCGGCCUUACAAUCGGGAGGUGCUGAACAAGGCCUGCUGUCAUCCGAUCAUAGCAGCGGGCUGCUGCUGUCCAGAGGUACUGAACGAGGAGGCAUCCUUCUUACAUCUGAUGAUCACUCCUUCGCUAGGCAGGUUGAGCAGCUCCAUAAACCUGAUGGUCGUUGCCUUGAUAUCAGGCCACUUUUCCUUCUUGUUCAGGAUAUUAUCGAAAAUGCAACUCAAACUAUUGAAGGGACUUCCUUGGGUGCUACCUCACAGAGGGAAGCCAUGAAUGGGAAAUUUAGCCUUGACGUUUUUCAGGGAAUUUCUGAAGUGCCACUUGUUGUCGAAAGCAUAUCCUGUGAGAUCACGAGCAAGGUACUGUUGACUAGUGGUGUUGAUGAUUCACACAACACGACCCUGUCCGUGGUGAGUUUGUUGCAACACUUUUCAUGGGAUGCCAAGGUGGUGCUAUCACUCGCAGCGUUUGCAUUGACCUUUGGAGACCUUUGGCCUCUUGUUCAAAUUUACUCCACAAACUCCGUGGUGAAAUCCAUGGCGGUGCACGAAGAAGGCUUUAAGAACCAAUUUGAAACCACUACUAUUCUUAUUAAAGCCAUGCUUGAAACUACCAAAUGUAUGGUUGAAUUUGGAGAGUUACCAGCAAUUAGUACAGCUGAAGAUCCUGAACUCAAGGCUGCAAGGUCUCAUUUUCCAAUUGCUGUUUAUUGGAUCAUUAGAAGUGCUGUGGCUGCUGCUACCCACAUUACAACUUUGUGUAGCAGAGGAUUUAAAUACGGGACAGGUACAUUAAAUUCGAGGGAGCUUUCCAAUUGGUCUCAGAAGCUUAAAAAUAUUAGUGAUGAUAUCAGGGACAUGUCGAAAGUGUACCAGCUAAUAGGGGAAAAUAAAGAUAAUGAUUCUUAUAACAUGAUAAAAAGAUUAAUCUAUCAGACGAUUCAUAUUGACAACAUGAAAGUUCUGCGUGUCCUCAUUUCUUCAAAUGAUGAUUUGCCUCCAUUAUAUGAUGGUCCAGCCAAGAGAAAGGUUCAUCUUGACACCUUAAGGAGGAAAAACGUGUUAUUACUCAUAUCAGGCCUCGAUAUCACUGAAGCAGAGUUGUCUGUUCUUAAGCAAUGCUACAUGGAAUCGAAAGUAAAUUCAUAUGAGAUUGUAUGGAUUCCAAUCGUCGAUGAUUCAGUCCAAUGGUCGGAUGUGAUGCAAACUGAGCUUGAGGAAUUGCAGCCUCAGAUGCCAUGGUACUCGGUACACCCGUCAAUUAUCAGAAAAGAUGUGGUUAAGUUUUUUAGAGUAGAUUGGCAGUUCAGGGGUAAGCCUAUACUUGUAGUGCUGGAUCCUCAAGGGAAAGUUGUCAGUCCUAAUGCAAUCCACAUGAUGUGGAUAUGGCCAACCACUGCUUUUCCCUUCACAAGCAUAAGAGAGGAGAACCUUUGGGAACAAGAGACUUGGAGGCUUGAGCUGCUGGUUAAUGGCAUCGAUCCAUAUAUUUUAUCUUGGAUUCGAGAUGGGAAGUACAUAUUUAUUUAUGGAGGCGAUGACAUAGAAUGGAUUCGGAAGUUCACAAUGGAGGCACGCACAGUUGCGCAUGCUCUGCAAGUUCCAAUUGAAAUGAUGUAUGUAGGGAGGAGCCACAACAAAGAAGUGGUGCGAAAGGUUAAUGAAUAUAUUCUGUGCGAGCGUCUGAGCCAUUGUUUCCUGGACCCUGCCGAAGAGUGGUACUUCUGGACAAGAAUAGAGAGUAUGAUUUUCUCCAAAAUACAGCUAGGAAGAGUUCAUGAUCACGGUGAUGUUAUACUGCAAGAAAUCCAGAGGAUUAAUAGUUACGAUAAGUCCCAUAGUGGGUGGGCUAUUCUAGCCAAAGGAUCGACAAUCAUCGUUCAUGGACAGGAUAAACUUGUGUUGAGUACCCUUCAAGAACUCGAGCUUUGGAAGGAGAAUGCGCUCAAAGACGGGUUUGAAGUGGGAUAUAGAAAUCAUCUAAAUCUUUACAGAAAGGGAAUUACUGGUUGUAAAGAUUAAGGGACUUAGUCUAACUCUGCAGUCCUUUCUUUCUCAUAAAUCAUAAUGGUCUUGAUUUUCCUUAACCAGCUGUAUUUUUGCUUUGUAAACUUUUGAUUUGCUCUUGUUUCUAUUGUCUUUUACGAGAGAUGUUUUAGGUCA